AUGAUUUCGAAGAGUUCUAGAGUUUCGGUUCUCUUUUUCUACUUUAUCAGCUUGAUAUGCCUUUCCGCUACCAACCUCCCAAGAUCAUUCGAUGUAACACCAAUCUUGUCCAACACAUCAUUCACCAAUACCACUCUCACUGAAUCCAAUAAUACUUCAACCAAUGUAACAACAGACCCAACUAUACUACCUAUCGUUUCAUCUAAUAUCACAGAUGAAAUUACUUCUCCUUCAAGUUCUAAUUUCUUGAAUGCGAGUCGUCUAUUUACAAUUCAACUUACUUUGUCUCCUGCUUUGAAUCCAAGCAAUGAGAACCAAACCAUUAAAUCAGUUCGUAAUGUUUUAAAUGGAACCAUCACAGGUCAAAGUUUAAAUGGUACAAUCUUAGGAGGAAUCUCUAAUUCGAUUUCACAAUGGUCAAAUUCAUCAUCUUCUUCAGUCUCAUCACCUCCUUUGCCUUCAUUUUUUAUUUGGAUGUUAUUGAAUGGAAAGAAUUCAAGUGUGUUUAUUACUCAAAGUUCUUUACCUUCACAUAAUAAUGAUCAACGUUUAGGAAGAUUAACUGUUGAAUUUGAAAAUGGUAAACAAUUUUCAAAAAGUUUGAUCUUGAGUACAUUUGGAUCACAACAAAAUUUAACAUCAUUUAAUUUUGAUGAUUCGCUUACAUUCUUCAUUGAUGCUUGGAAAAUUUAA